GUCCCAUGGAUACCGUUCUUAACAAAUGUAUUUACAAAAGGAAAUCCAUGCUAAGAUAUCUUUCAGCCGAGUACAUUGAGUCAUUUGGCGACUUAAUCUGUUUAGGAAGUUGUCUGUGUUUGGAGAUAAUUCACAACAGCGCUGCCAAUUUUACUACAGGGACCAGACUACUCGGGCCUGUUUUUGCUUUUGGGUCUUUUCCCAGCUUUUAUUGUGGAGUGUUCAGCAUCUUGUCAAGCAGCUAUGAUAGUGAACUCGUAUAACUCCUAUUUAGUUUCUAUUAGGAGCAUGUUUCAACCAAUCAUAGUCUAAGAUUUUAGUGUCAUCGGGAACACUAUGCUGUUUUUAAGCUUUUACUGCAAAAAAUGCUUGUCAAAGAUCCUCAAAACUGGAGCACUCUGCUGUUUUGGAGUAUCAGAGAUCUUGUGUGUAUAAGAAAGUAUAUAAAAUACACCACUGAUACAUGAAUGAUGGUAAAAUCAGCUGAUAUUUUAUUUUUUUGUGUCUUAAAAGCUUGUCAGAGAAGUUGAUUUAUUGUAGUGUACUACUUCAUCCACCUGAGGGCGCUGUUGCUCUGCAUUGAACUGCAGUAGUCCAACGUGUUCAAUAUGCACUCUCCACUUUAUCCUUUGUUUUUCUUCUCGUCAGUCUGGCGGAAGAGCGCAGAGUUGCCUGCUGGAGUACUUUUUGUGGGUCUUUUUGGGAGGGAGGGGGGGCAACCAUAAAGGACCCUUCUAAACUUUUACCUAUUGACUGUCGAUGCCAUGACGUCACUGUGCCAGCGGUUUAAGAUCGACACCAACAAAUCGUUUCACGCCCCUCGGGAGAUGCGCCAUCUCCUUCAGCAUCAUCAUCCUCACCAGGACGAGAUUCUCUCUGAGCUGGUGGGCAGCAACCCGCCGCAGAGGAACUGGAAGGGAAUAGCGAUCGCCCUCCUUGUCAUUCUGGUCAUCUGCUCGCUGAUCGUCACCUCUGUCAUCCUGUUGACACCAGGCGAAGAUGACCGACUCGCCCUCAAGGGGAAGGUGACCGUCGGGGACCUCUUCAGCAAAGAUUUUCAAGUUCACGACCCAAACGCUGGAUGGAUCAGCAAUAAUGAGUUGUUGUACCGUAGCCGUGACGGCGAUGUGGUGUGGUUCAACGUCGACACCGACGAGAAGACCAUCUUGGUGCAUCAUAAGAAGUUUGAAAUGUACAAAGCCAGCAAGUACGAGGUGUCUCCCGACAUGAAGCACGUGCUGCUGGCCUACAACGUGGCGCCGGUGUACCAGCACUCAUAUACCGCCUUCUACAUCAUCUGCAGCCUCCAGACACCGGAGACAUGGGACCUGAACCCGCCCGAGGUCCGCAACGCUCAGCUGCAGUACGCCGGCUGGGGUCCGGAGGGUCAGCAACUGAUCUUCAUUUUCGAGAACAACAUCUACUAUCGCUCCACCGUGGAGAGCCGCUCCAUUCGCUUGGUGUCCUCCGGCAAGGAAGGCGUCAUCUUCAACGGGCUCAGUGAUUGGCUGUAUGAAGAGGAGAUUUUCCACUCCCACGUCGCCCACUGGUGGUCUCCAGAUGGCGCGAGGUUAGCAUACGCCACCAUCAACGACAGCCUGGUGCCCAAGAUGGAGCUGCCCAUGUUUACUGGCAUGCCGUACCCCACCGGGAAGGAGUACCACUAUCCCAAGGCUGGCGAGGAGAACCCGGUUAUCACUUUGUAUGUGGUCAACCUGAAUGGUCCUCUUCACACCAUCGAGAUGAGGAGACCUGAUGACCCGAGGUUAAGUGAGUUCUACGUGACCAUGGUGAAAUGGGCCACCACCACCAAACUGGCUGUCAACUGGCUGAACCGGGCGCAGAACAUCUCCAUGCUGACACUGUGCGAGGCCACGACGGGGGUCUGCAUCAAGAAACACGAGGACGAGAGCGAGGGGUGGCUUCACAGGCAGAACGAGAAGCCUCUGUUCUCCAAAGACGGUCUGAAGCUGUUCUUCACACGGGCCAUCCCACAAGGAGGCCGUGGAAAGUUCUUCCACAUCUCCAUGUCCAUCUCGCAGCCCAACACCAGCACGGACACGCUGCAGUCCAUCACGUCUGGCGACUGGGACGUGACGCAAGUCCUGGCCUAUGACGAAGAAAACCAGCUCAUAUACUUUCUGAGCACAGAAGACGGUCCCAAGCGAAGACAUCUUUACAGCGCCGACACUUUUGGCUCGUUCAACCGCCGCUGCCUGUCGUGCGGCCUGUCUGAGAGCUGCGGCUACAUCGGCGGCUCCUUCUGCCACAACAUGAGCUACUUCCUGCUGCACUGCCAAGGCCCAGACGUCCCGUUCCUGUCUGUUUUCAAGACACAAAGAGAUGAUGAUGCAGAAGGUCUCGCUGAAGUCCACAAACUGGAGAGCAACGACAUGCUGAGGCUGACGCUGGACGACAUGCAGAUGCCCAUCGUGGAAUACCAGGACAUCAACAUGGAAGACUACACUUUAUCAAUGCAGAUCCUUAAACCAGCCGCCUUUGUGGAGACGUCCCACUACCCUCUGCUGCUAAUCAUCGAUGGCGUCCCCGGUGGCCAGAGCGUGUCGGAGCGCUUCCACAUGGACUGGGCCACGGCGUUGGUGAGCAGCUUUGGUGCCAUCGUGGUGCGCUGCGACGGGCGCGGCGGCGGAUUCCAGGGUACCAACUUGCUGCACCGAAUCCAGAAGAAGGUUGGCGUGCUGGAGGAGCACGACCAGAGGGACGCCAUCAGUUUCCUCCUACAAGAGGCGUACAUCGACAAGACCAGAGUGGGAGCGUUCGGAAAGGAGUACGGAGGCUACAUCACCAGCUUGUUGCUCAGCGACGACCUGUCUCCUGCCAGAUGCGGUGCCGUUCUCUCGCCAAUCACCGACUUUGAAUUAUACGCAUCAGCGUUUUCGGAGCGAUAUCUUGGAAUGCCCAAGCCCGACCCGAGGGCAUACACGAUGGCCAAUCUAGCGCACCGUGCGGCUCAGUUCCUCGACAAGAAAUUUCUCAUCAUCCAUCCAACGGCAGACGAAAAGGUCCAUUUCCAGCAUACAGCAAAACUGAUUGCUCAGCUAAUCCAUGAAAAGGCCAACUACACGUUACAGAUCUACCCGGACGAAGGCCACUUCAUCCACAACGAGGGCACCAAGCAGCACCUCAGCCAGUCGCUGGUCAACUUCUUUGAGGAAUGCUUCAGGCUCCCGGAGCGGCUCCCGGACGAGGUAGAUGAAGAGAAUGAAGACGAAGGUUAGCUUGACCGAUGCACCCGCACACCCCGCCUCGUACAAAAACCCACCCAGACCCGGUCAGUCCGUCAACAUGUCCAAGCACAAGAAUGGUGUCCUCAAGAUUAUGCAACCGCAGCAUGCUGGACUUGAGACUGCCUCCGGAGCAGCCGAGGAUCUCCUCCCAUCGCUCAUCAUCUUCUGUCUUUGGAGUACGAGUGACACUGUGGAAUACGCUGAACCGUUCACGUGCGGCAUGAUGGACGAGCCCCCGAGCAGCAGGACUGGCGCUGCGGAAGGAAAGGAACAUCAUUCAAACUUGUACCAUAAUUGGCAAGGAAAAAAUAAAUCAUACCUGGUCGGUAGCGUUCAUGAAACUCUGUGGAUACAGGAAGUGUCGCUGUUUUCUAACGUUGUGAUGAACUUUCCAUGUUGGACUGUGCUUUUUGUCGAUGUAUGUAAAGUAGCACACAAGCACCCACCAGGUUAUCCAAGCCUUUUGUUUCCACUGUGUCGCCAUCUUUAACCGGAUACUACUUCCUUUUCUCGUUUCACUCACCUUACUGCCUUACUUUGACCCCCCCCCCCCACAAAAAUACUACAAGUAAAGCGAGCAAGCACAUUAGCAACUAUCGCCAGGCGACUCUUUGAAAAGCUCAAACUUCAAUUGUUAUCGUUUGUGCUGUAUAAUAUUCCCGGGAAUAUCCUUGCAAAAACCGAAUUUGAACGUUGUAAAGUAUAUUUUUUAAACGCAAGCCUUUUGGCUAUGUGACGUGAACUAGCACAAUGCUAUAAAAUGUACAGAAUCUGCAUGGUUAGUAGACAAAAUGGCCUAAUUUAUAUUUGUAGCAAAUACAGCACUGCUUAGAAUGCUAACAAUAAAAUGCUAACCCUAAAAUAAACAAUGAUUGAGGCGCAUUUAACCAUUUUCGUUCCAUUGCAUGUCUUUGCGUUGAACUCCGGUUUGACAUCUUGAAUGUUCUUUAAUGGGUAGCAUCAAUGACAUUUCUGGUUGUACUGUGAUUGAUGUGUAAAUGUUAUUUUAUUCUGGAAAAAAUGCUUUUAUCCGAUUAUUUGUGCAUUUCAGCUGCUUUUACCCGAGGUUACAUCCAACUAUACACUUACGGGCUUAAAGUUGAAUAUAAUAAAAGGUAAAAGGCCACGAACUGCAUCAGUUUUGUUUUUACCGAAAAGACGACAAAAGAAAAUGGAGGUUAUAAUAAAGA